AUGACGUUGGAACUGUAUCUUUUUUUUUCUUUUAUCUUUCUUUCCUUCAUUUAUACUGACCUUCAUUCUGUCAUUGUUUUUCUUUCUUUUUCUUUCUUUCAUUAUUUCUUUCCAUCUUUCUUUCUUUCAUUCAUUUUUAUUUAUUUAUUUAUUUUUUCUUCAUUGUUUCUUUUCUUUUUUCUUCUUUUCUUUCUUUCCUUCUUUUUUUAUUUGUCUUUCUUUCAUUCUUUUUUGUUUCUUUCUUGUUCUUUUCUUCAUUCUUUUUCCUUUUUGUUUGUUUCUUUCUUUCUCCUUCCUUCUAUCUUUCUUUCUUUCUUUCUUUUUCUUUCUUUUUCCUUUACUUCAUUCUUCUUUCUUUCAUUCAUUUUCUUUCUUUCUCUUUCUUUCCUUCAAUCUUUUUUUCUUCUUUCUUUCAUUCUUUUUUGUUUAUUUUUCUUUCUUCCUUUUCCUUUCCUUCAUUCUUUCUUCUUUCUUUUUUCAUUCAUUUUUUCUUUCUUCUUUCCCUUAUUUUUUCCUUCUCUUUUUCAUUCUUUCUUUCUCUCAUUUUUUGUUUUUUUCUUUUUCCUUUCCUUUAUCCCUUUCUUUCUUUCUUUCUUUCUUUAA